UGUGAGUGGCAGGGCCGGCGGCGGCCCGCGGACGAUGCUCGCCUUCCUGGGCGCGAUGGCCCUGGUGCUGGUCGCCGGGGCGCCGUGGGUGUUGCCCGCAGCCGCAGGGGGAACAAAUCUGGAAUCUCCUCGGGAUGUAGAGGUCUAUAUCGUGGAUGACAGCUUUAUCCUGAAGUGGAACAGGGGCAGUGAGUCUCUCAGCAAUGUGACUUUUUCAGUAGAUUAUCAAAUACCUGAGAUGGAUGACUGGACCGAAUUGCCUGGGUGUCAAUAUAUUACUAGUACCCAAUGCGACUUUUCUUCACUCCAGCUAAAUGUUUAUGAUGAACUUAAAUUGCGUAUAAGAGCAGAAAAAGGAAACAACACUUCUCCAUGGUAUGAGGUUGACUCAUUUAUACCAUUUCAUAAAGCUCAAAUUGGUCCUCCAGAAGUGCAUUUAGAAGCUGAAGAUAAGGCAAUAAUAAUCAACAUCUCUCCUCCUGGAACAAAAGAUGGUGUCAUGUGGGCUAUGGAUAGUUCCAGCUUUAUAUAUAACUUAGUUAUCUGGAAAAACUCUUCACCUGCAGAAGAAAGGACUGAAACUGUUUAUCCCACAGAUAAAAUUUAUAAACUCUCCCCAGAGACUACUUAUUGUUUAAAAGUUAAAGCAAGACUACGUAUGCAGAGAAAGGUUGGUUUGUAUAGUCCGGUGUACUGUAUAAAUACCACAGUUGAAAAUAAGCUGCCUCCACCAGAAAACAUACAAAUCGAUGGUAAUAAUCAGAACUAUAUUCUUAAAUGGGAUUACAAAUAUGAAAACCUGACUUUUCAAGCUCAAUGGCUCCAUGCCUAUUUAAAAAAGAUUCCUGGGAAACAUGCAGAUAAAUGGAAACAAAUACCAAACUGUGAAAAUGUCAAGACUACCCAGUGUGUCUUUCCUCAAAGUGUUUUCUCAAGAGGAAUUUACUUUAUCCGUGUGCAAGCAUCUAAUGGAAACAGCACAUCUCUUUGGUCUGAAGAGAAAAAAUUUGAUACUGAAAUACAAACUAUCAUACUUCCUCCAGUUAUUAACCUGAAACCUGUUAAUGAUUCACUGCGUGUCUAUAUCGGUGCUCCAAAAGAGUCUGAAAACAAGUCUGUGGACGAGGAUUACCCGCUAAUUUAUGAAAUUAUCUUUUGGGAAAACACUUCCAAUAUUACGAAUAAAAUUGUAGAGAAAAAAACUGAUUUUACUUUUCGUAACUUGAAACCGCUGACUGUUUAUUGUGUCAGAGCCAGAGCACUCAUUCAUUAUGAAAAGUGGAAUAAAAGCAGUGGUUUUAGUGACACUGUGUGCGAGAAAACAAAACCAGGAAAUACUUCCAAAACCUUACUUAUUAUAGCUGUGAUUUGCGCUGUAUUACUUAGUAUCCCAGUGGUCGUUUAUGUUGUGAAAGUCGUCUUGAGAUGCGUCAAAUAUGUGUUCUUUCCAUCAAGUAAACCUCCUUCCGCUGUAGAUGAGUGUUUCUCUGAACAUUUACUAAAGAAUCUACUCCUUUCCACUUCUGCGGAGCAAAUUGAAAGAUGUUUUAUAAUCGAAAAUACAAACGCGAUUGCUGCAGUAGAAGAAACUAAUGAUGUUGAUGAAGAUUACAAAAAAUAUAAUUCCCAAACUAGUCAAGAUUCAGGAAACUAUUCUAAUGAAGAGGAUAAUAGUGGAAGUGGCAUAAGUGAAGAACUUCUGCUACAGGAAACUCUGUGACCAGAAAUGAACACGCACACAUUGGGGCAUUUUGUGGGAGUUAUACUCGGAGUCUGAGCUGCUUGUUUCUCUCAGUAACUAUCAAGAGGAUAUGUGCUUUUUGGGGAAGAAAAAACAUCUUCAGAUCGUAGAUCCUAAAAAUACAGGCAAGAACUGUUUACAAAUGGAAUUACAGGAAUUUGGAGAAAAGUGUUCUAUAUUCUUUUCCAUGUGUAAAGUCUUGAAAGACAUGUCACUGGACCUGUCUUGGAUGAGAUGAGUUAAAUCCAGAAGAUGCCGUUUGUCUUUCUAAUGAUAUCUCAAGAACCACCGUGCCAACUGUUUUGUGGCUAGGGGCAGUAUUUGUGUUCCAAUCAGUUAAUACUGUCGUGGUGCUGCUGGUUGCUGCGUAUAUCGUAGAUUUGUUCUCCAUUCCCAGUAUUAUAGUUCAUUAUUUUUCAAGAGAUAUUUAGAACAUUUGGUCUUUCCAUUUGACACCAAAGGAGGCCCUUUGGAAAUUUCUGUAGAAAAGCUGAAUACCACUACCGCUGGUUUUCUAAAAAAUAGCUUACUUCAGAAAACAUCCGCAGAUGCCAGAAACAUGAUCCUUAAAAUUUUUCAGCAGAAUUCUGUCCACUAAUCCCAAGAACAUUGGCUCCUACAUCUCAGUUACCUAUCCCUUCCAUGGUUUAGGAUUAAAACCAGAUAAUCUUUUACUAUACGUUAAGAGUUCCUGAUUCAUAACUUAUUAGAACAAUAGCUUCUGAUUAGAAUUUGCAAUCACAAAAGUUACAGAGAAAUGGAAAACUAUCUAACUAGAGAAGUUAUUAUUGUUUUUUAAGAUAUGGGAGUAUGUAGAGGUUAAUCAUGGUGCAUGCAAGAAGCCUUGGGAAUCAAUCAAUCAAUCAAUCAGUAGCAGAUGCUACUGAUGUAAUAGACAGAGUAGGAAGUAGAAUAAUUAAGUAGGAAAGAAGCAGACGACUUUAGUGACGAAUAGGAAUAAUGUGUAUAAUCAACUUUUAGUUAUUAACAUAGCAUGGGGCUGUAUAGCUCACCCUGGUGGUCUGCUGGUUAACAUUCAGUGCUCUCACCGUCGUGGCCCGGGUUCAUUUCCUGGACAGAGAACCAAACCACAUGUCUGUUGGUUGUCAUACUGUGGCAGCUGCGUGUUGCUGAAAGCUAUGCUACUGGUAUUUCAGAUACCAGCAGGGUUACCCAUGGUGGGUGGAUUUCAGUGGAGCUUCUAGACUAGACAGACUAGGAAGAAGGACCUGCCACCCACUUCUGAAAAAAUUGAAAACCCAAUGAAUAGCAGCAGCAAGUGGGGUGUUUGGGUUUAUGGCUUCUCUGUGUCGUUUUUAACACCAGGCCAGCUUCUCUACACUGUCGGGCAGUAUUCAGGCAUCCCUUCUGCUCAGCCCGCGUGUAGUCAAGGAAAUGCAAAUUAUUUAUUAUCCAAGCGAAGGAGAAAAUGUAACUGGAAAGAAAACCUAAUUUUAAAAAUUGUAUAAUGCUUUUCAAAGGCACCUAUAGCUUACUUUUAAAUAAUUUGAUAUUUGGGGUUCUUCAUGGAGAUCCUUUGUAGGAAAGGAGUCUAGGAAUUCUGGUGGCUUCUGAGGAAGAAUUCUCAACGUCAGUUUUGCAGCAGGAACCAGGGAGGGGAAAAGAGAGGAAGCCACACAGCGCCUGCUGGGAAGGGUCCAUACUGUAGGCAGUCUUAUUUACUUAGUAGUCUCUGCCGAGACAAUAGCUUCAUCUGGGUGGAAGGAAAGGUUGAGGCAGCCGCCCUGGGAGGGGCUGUGACACUCAGCAGCCCUCGGCACAUCACAGCUCUGCAGAGCACACCGUGCGCUUUCCUGGGCCUGUAGUCCAAGCUUGGAGCAGAGUAUAGCAGGGAUCAGGGAGGCCCAGGAACCCCUCUGAGACAGGGCUCUGCUGGAGAAUCCCUCAGGUGACCCGAACACACUCACCUUUUCAUCCUUCUGACCAGGGACAUUUGGUUUAGAGCAGGUCAUCUGGGUUGGCCUCCAUUUGUAAAGGCCCUGUCUGUGGAAAUUUGCCUCUUUAAAGAGGAGGUUAGGAGCCUGUGGGGCCAGCUUGCCACCACUGGCUUUCAUACUGUGCCAAUCCAAGGGUCCCUUCCAGCACCCAGGCCCCAGAUUUCCUAGGGGGCUGCUUCAGACCGGAUGUGCUGAAAAGGAACAAUGGCUUUGUGGGACAUGGAGGAGGGAAAACUCAAGACACUAAAAUGAGAAGACACGAUGAAAUGGUUAGGGCCCUAAGAUGGGGGGAGUGCACGUCUUCAUGUUUCAAGACCCUCUGUGGUUCUCAAUGAACAAACAUCUGAGAGGCAGCAGCAGCGAACGGGAACCCCCUCGUUUUUGCCUUGUCUUCUAGACCCAGAGGUGCACUUCCAUUCCAUCUCCAUCGUGGUCCGUGUGUAGCUUAAUCAGGCUGUGCGCACUUGUGAGGUGGUAUCUUUUCUGAAGAAUAGUUGACUUGGAAAUACCGUGUACUUGGGAGCACCAGUAAACUGGCUCAAAAUUGCAAUAUUGAUAGUUCUUGGAGAGGCUGGAUAUAAUCUAAGGAUUUGUGCAAAAGAUUUGUGUCAUUACAGCCAGAAAUAAUAGUACAUUAAUAUAUAUGUAGAUAGUGACAUGGGUCUGUUAACACGUACAUGCAUACUUACACCAGUACAUGCCUACAUGUAUGAUGCGGGCGCAUUCCAUUAGUAGGGCCAUAAAGUACUUAGUGUAGAUUCUAACUAGAAAAUUAGAAAUGCUACUCAGAACUAGAAACUUUUAGGGUCUGACCAGAAAUGUGCAACCUAUAAAAAAAGUUAUUUUAAAAAUACAAUUUAGGGUUUGUAUCUUUUCCCCAAGCUGUGACCUCUAAAGCAGCCUCAGAUUGCUCUUCAGCAUUUGGAGUUGGCAGGAACAUUCCUACCUCCCCCCUCCUCCCUGUAACCCUGUGACUCCUUGACAUGUUCUAUUUUUGUUUCGUCUGGUGUGUGUCUGCCCCUAGGAGACCGGAACGUCUAUGAGAAUGGGGACUGACUUUUAUGCAUUACUGUAUCCUCAGCAUCUACAGCACUGCAGUGCUUUGCACAUAGAGGAUGCACAGAAAAUACCUAUCAAAUGAAUGAAAUCUAAAAUCUGAACCAAGUGGGUGUUUGUGACAAUGUUUAUAUGUUUUAUUGAGUUAUGGAAGGAUAUAACCAUGUUUUCAAUAUUUUUAUACAGUAAGCUUUUGUGUCUUUUAUUUCACGUAUGUUUUUGUGUCAAAGCCUAUUGCUGUAAAUAAUUGUAUAUAAUAAACACUGAGGCCAA